UCUUUAUUUAAUAAACCAAUUGGCAUAUAAGUAGGAUUUAUUAAUUAUCGUCAACAUUUAGUAGGGGUUGAGUCAUUAAUUUUUGUAUAGUUUUAUUUUGUUUAAUAAGAUCAUCAUUUGUGUGAGUUGUGAAUCUUUUAUAUUGUAAUAUUACCCCCUCCAUCCCUCAGCUCAUUAUGGUCUAUGUAUUUGCAGUCAGAUCUCGACUUCUAUACGUAAGUAGUAAGCAAUUACAGUCUAUAAAUAGACGAUUGGUAACAUCGGUAUCGAAUCCAUCAUCAAGGUUAUUAAAAGGUAGUAAAAAUACCAAUAUAAUUAAUUCAAAAGCUAGACGUAAUGGAGGAACUUCAUUAUCACCAUCAUCAAGGUCAUUAACCACUAAUUCAACAACUGGACAAAAUAAUCAACUGAAACAGCAAGAGCAACAAACAAAUAAACUAUUUAGAAAGAAAAAUGCUGCAUUAAUCUCUGGCAUCAUAAUUGUUGGUUCAUAUAUUACUUUUAAUCAAUCAAAUUAUUAUAAUUUAGAUACUUUACCUUCAGGACCAGGAAAUGGACCAUUUAAUUCAAAUUCAAGAUUAAUUCCAUCAUCUACAACAGUAUCAGAUGCAAAAUAUUUCUCAACAUCAACUUCUUCAUUACAUCAAAAAGAUGGAAUUAGUCAUCAACAACAUAAAGAAGGAGUAUUUUUAUUAAAUGAAGAACAAGUAAGUACUAAAUUAAGACAAUUUGAGGAAAGUUAUUUUGUAAAUAGAGGUAAAGGAGUUACAAGAUAUGAUAUUUGUCAAGUACCAUCUAAUUCACCUAUUGAAGAUGAUAGAGCAGAAGAAAUUGUUCAAGUUCCAAUUUUACAAGAUAAUAAUAUUAGAACUUCAACUGAUUGGAUGUUUUUUGGAAUUUUUGAUGGACAUGGAGGUUGGACUACUAGUAGUAAAUUAAGAGAUCAAUUAAUUAGUUAUAUUAUUCAAGAAUUAGGGACAAUUUUUAAACCUGCUAAUGAAGAUAAUUUAAGAUUUGUACCAAAUAGUGCAACUAUUGAUCAAGCAAUUAAAAAUGGAUUUUUAAAAUUAGAUCAUGAACUUGUUAAUAAAAAUAUUGAAAAAUUAUUAAAUGAUAAUAAUAAAGCCAAAGCUGCUGAAUUAUUAAUGCCGGCAUUAUCAGGUUCAUGUGCUUUACUUUCAUUUUAUGAUACAAAUUCAAAAUUAUUAAAAGUAGCUGUUACAGGAGAUUCUCGAGCUAUUUUAGGAUCAUUUAAAGAUAAUCAAUGGACAGUUAGACAAUUAAGUAUUGAUCAAACUGGUUCAAAUCCAACUGAAGUUGCACGAAUUAUUAGUGAACAUCCUGAUGAACCAAAAGUUAUUAGAAAUGGUAGAGUUUUAGGUAGUUUAGAACCAACUAGAGCAUUUGGAGAUUGUCGUUAUAAAUUACCAGCCGCAAUUCAAGAACGUAUUUAUAAACAAUUCUUUGGUAAAAGAUUACCAAAUCAUUUACAAUCACCACCUUAUGUUACAGCUGAACCAGUAAUUACUACAACAAAAAUUAAUCCCGAAAAUAAUGAUUUCUUAGUUAUGGCAUCAGAUGGAUUAUAUGAAAUGUUAACUAAUGAAGAAAUUGUUGGAUUAGUUGUUAAAUGGAUGGAAAAGGAAAAAUUAAUUAAACCUCAAACAUCAUUUUGGAAUAUAUUUGGAUCAACGGAAAAUAAAUUACCUGAAGUUUCUGAUGUAACAAAUGAUAAAUCAUCUAAAAAGCCAAUUCGUAAAACAAGACCAUCAUCAGGGGCAUUUUUAUUAGAAGAUAAAAAUGUUUCAACUCAUUUAAUUAGAAAUGCAUUAUCUAAUGGAGGGUCACGUGAACAAACAACGAUGUUAAUUUCAAUUCCUAAUCCAGUUUCUAGACGUUAUAGAGAUGAUUUAACUGUAACAGUUGUAUUCUUUGGUGAGGGUCAAAAUGGAGAAAAUGAGCAAGGUAAAUUAGAAAUCAAUGCUGAUGCGACUGCUGGAGGUAUUGAUGCUGCCAAGCCAAAGUUAUGAAGAUCCCAAUCUAUAUACAGUAUAUGUACAGUAUAUAACUACAUCAUAUAUAUAUAUAUAUAUAUAUAUAUAUAUUAUACUAUAUAACUACAUACAUGCCUAAUAAAUAAUUAUUCAG